UACUUAAAUCGCAUAUAAAAUUGGCAUUUUCCGUUUAGCAAAGACUCAAAAUGGAAGAAGAAGAAGAAGAAUCAGAGAUUUUGUGGCCAGUAUCAGAAUUGGUCGAACUAGAACCUAAACCAAUAUACGCAAGAACGCUGGCCCGUGAGAUGUUAAUAUUUAUAGCUUUUUUUGCAUUUGUUACCGCGGUUGCAGUUACUUCAAUUGAUCCAAUUACUUACUACCAAUAUCGAUUAUUUGAGCAGCUUUUUGUGGAAUCCAAAAUACCGCCUUUAGAUAAAUACCCAAGGAUUGGUUUAAGGGACGUGUAUUCCAUGUCGGAUAUUUGGAGAUACUUGGAGUAUGUGUUCUACGAUGGGUUCCAUUGGAAGUUUUAUUAUGACGAACGUUAUAAUACAAAAGAAAUACCCGAGGACAGUCCAGAUAGGAACGUCGCAUUCGAUAAUAAGCUGUUGGGUGUACCACGACUGAGACAAUUAAAGGUUCGUAAAGACUCAUGCCUGAUAAAUUCCGCCUUCGCCAUGGGUAUAAAACAGUGCUUUGGAUAUUAUUCCCAUGUCACUGAAGAACGUAAUAAGUUUGGAGACCAAUCACAGUUUGUUUUCGUUGAGACACUCAAGAGCAACUCAUAUGUGGGAAAACUAUAUACAUAUCCGGGUUCUCGUGGUUACAUAGUUAAGCUGGCAAUUAGAGAUAUUAGUGACGAUACACCAAACAGUAUUCCUGUAUUGAAGAAAAGUUUGUGGAUAGGAAGAGGAACGCGCGUGGUGUUUGUGGAAUUUCCAACCUAUAAUUCAAACACAAACCUAUUUUGUGUAGUAAAACUCGUUUUCGAAAUUCCACCAACUGGCGGAGUAGUCACAAGUCACAGUUUUCGAGUAGUCAGGCUUUUACGCUAUGUGACAAUAUCCGAUUAUGCACUGUUGGCGUGUGAAGUGAUUGUCUUUCUAUUUAUACUAGCAUACACAGUGUUUCUGGGAAUUGAACUAAAUCAUCUUGGAGCAUUGGCAUUGACUCGGUUUUGGAGUUAUAUGAACAUUCUGAUUGUAGUGAUGGGGUAUGUAAUAUUUGGACUAAAAAUUGCGACGUACAUGCAAUUCAACACCGUGAAACCUAGUUUACUAUCAACCGAGAAUUAUGUGAACUUAGAGGGCCCAGCUGCUAUGCAGCUCUACCAAGACAACGCAGUGGCCUUUUUUGCAUUUUUGGUUUAUAUAAAAGUAUUUAAGUUUAUGGUUAUUAGUAAGACGCUAGGCCAACUCAACACUACAGUUCGUAAGUGUAUUUGGGAUGUAAUCACGUUUGUAAUACUACUGCUAAUUGUAUUUAUCAUAUUCGCCUUGUUUGGAUACAUGAUAUUCAAUUCAGAGGUCGCAGAAUUUAGUAGUUAUGGUGUGGCGAUGUUUACACUAUUUCGGGCUAUUUUAGGGGACUUCGACUAUAGUGUUAUUGAAGCUGCCAAUGCUUACGUCGCACCCAUAUAUUUUGUUUUAUUUAUGUUAGUUGUGUUCUUCCUUGCUUUGAAUAUGUUUUUGGCCAUUAUCAACGAAGCUUAUUACCACGUCAAGCUAGAUAUAGCUGCUUGUCCAAAACAUAAACGGAUGCCUUGGUACCUCAAAGAAGCUUUUCGUGAACUUUUCUCCAUGGCACCUUCAGAAGAGGAUGAUGGUGAAUCCCCUUAUCAAGCGGCAAUUUCCGAAAUUCGGGAUACUCUGAAUCGGUUAGGUUUUGAUGACGUGGAAACCGAACUCUUUUUUUCGCGUUACAAUAUUGACCCAGCUGCACAACUUCCCAGUUAUGAUCCUUAUAAAUUACUCAAAGAAUUUGAAGCCAAACUUCGAGAUGGGAAAGCGGACACUAGGGCGGUGGAAUCGAUAACCCUAGAAGAUGUUAUUGCUCAACAGGAGAAGAUGUUUGAUUUGGAAAAAGUUAUUGGUCUCUUGACAACUAAGGUAGAUUUUCUACUAAAGAAGUUGGAUACUCUCGAAAAUGUUCGCAAAAAAUAGCAAAGUAUAAGAUGGACAUAACAGUUCUAAUUGAAAGCUUAUUGUGUUUCAAUUCGCAUUACUUUAUUAUUUGUUUCUCAAUAUACAAUCAUAUGUA